AUGGUUUUCUUUACCAAGCGUCUCAGAUGCUUUGGCUGCGGACAACGUCCCUCUCAGACAAUUCGUGGCCCUAUUCGCAAAUUCCACUGUGACCAUUGCGGCACCGAAAACUACCUAGACGAGAAUGGCGACAUCACCGACCCGCCAGUCGAUGAGACAAACCCUGAUGUCUACGGCCCCAGUGGCUCCCCUCCUCCCUUCGAGUCUGUUGACUUCAAAGAAUCCGAUUUGUUUUGCUCCAAAUGCUUGCGCAAUCAACACCUCUUAGCAAUCUCCCUGGCAGAAUACCUCCCGCCCUCUGAUGAUCCUAACAGUGCGGAAUACGAGGAUAAGUUUGCUCAAUACCGAAGUGAAAUGGAAGACCGAUACCCACAAGUUUGCGAUGCCUGCGAGCCUCGCGCGAGGCAGAGAAUUAAACAGGCUGGCUACGAUGCGAAGGCAGAUUAUCUUGGACGUAUGAUGGACCAGAGCAGAGCAAGCAAAGUUGCACGACGCGCGCGAAACCGCAGCUGGCAGAGCUUGUUGGUGUAUAUCGGCGCCCUCAGUUACUGGGUCAGCGUCUUCGGUCAGUUUGCUUGGAAUGCGGUCAGCGCUUUGACCGUCCCAUCAUCACAAUAUCUUGAUACCUCAUUUUCGUCAUGCGCCGGCCAAACUCUGGAGAUGCGCCGCAUCCCAAGUGAAUGCGCCUUUGAUCUUGCUCCCUAUGCAGGCAUGGCUCUUGUUGCAGGUUUUCUCUCGCUGUGGUGGAAUCCGAAAUUGCGCAUGAAAGUGGAUGGAAAAUUUGGUCGAUUCGCUCGUCUCGGCGAGUACUACCAAAUUCAGCUUAUUACCUUGGUAUCACGAUGCGUAUUCUGGGCUUUGCUCAAUGAUCCAUCUUCCAGUGGACUCGACCCAAGCUUACCCCCGGCCCUGCAUAUGUUUAUGAUCAUCUUCACUGUUCUUUCUGUUGUGAUAUCUCGUCGUGUUGUCCAGUACGAUACUCGCCCUCUUGUGAAUUGGUCAGAUCAUUCUUGGGAAACAGCACCAAUCCGAACCACUGGAGGAAGUAAAGAAGCAUCGCCAAUAUCUGACAAUGCUCUUCCAGCAAGCAAUAACGGAAUUCGUCAACGUUUCCCUAUUGAAAAGUUGGGUACCCCCGGACCUGCCACAAAGAGUCCACAUGCGGCUCUCUCCAUCCCUCCAUCUCCAUCCGAUGAGAUGGACUGGACACCUUCCGCUCCCUCUCAAACACUCAAACCGACAGUUAGUGUGUACCAACGUGAUCAAAAAUCCGUUCUUGAUGGUCCUCUACCGUUUUACGGUAGUAUUCCAGCAGUAUCCAGACCACCAGCAUGGAAUUUACGUGCGAAAUUAACGGCUAAGCCAAUUGAACGUGUUGUCGAACCAAACCCGUUCCACAAAGCCCCAACUCAUCCGGUCAGCUCUUGGCAAAAGAAAGGACCUAGUCCGGAGCCAGUGUUUAAGGCUCCCAAGUUCUUCCCGAGUAGUGACUACGCUGCUUCCACUGGAUUGGAAGAUAUGUUCAACAAAGCUCUGGGCAUGAAUUCGACCAAUGCGAAUAAGGAAGAGGCCGAGUCAAGACGCCACAAUAAGGCCCAUGCGACCUCUGUUCACAGGCAUCUCCAAUUGCAGUAUCUCCGCAUUGUCCUGCUAUUUUGCUCUAUCGCCGCUUGGUACAUUUCACAAAGCCAUCUAUUGUCGAUCUCCGGCAAUUACAUUGAAGCUUGCGCUUUAGGCAGUGCAAGUCUGAUUGCAGGAUUUGCUCUUCUAGAUGUCAUGAAGAGCCCUUUAGCUGAUUGGAACGGUAUGGAGAUAUUGAUCUACAUAACCGAGAUUGCACUAGCGAUACAUUUUGGUGCGCACCUUCCUCGGGACUCUUUCGAGCGCGAUUACUUUGACCGCUAUGGCAAACUUCUUCUCAUGUUCAUGUUGCUGCAAGAGAUACUGGGUCUUUUAUCAUUCUAUCGGGCUAUGGUGCCCUCUGUCAAGCCAGAUCAGGCGAAUCAGCCGCCGCAGAACCAUCCGGUUCCCUCACAGCUCGGAUCGCCACAGAACAAUUCAAUCCAUUCCUGGCUCAGUUCCCCGCAGCAGCGUUCGCCAUCACCUCCUCGCAGUGCCAUCCACUCGCCGAGUGAUUAUCCUGCUGUUCCAGACCAUUUUGAAUAUCAGUCACAUACCCCGCCACCUCUGUCUUUUGGAAGCACUGCUGGAAGCUCCAGCUUCUCAUCUACGUUGCCUAGCACAUCGGGAUAUGGCGGUGGUUUGUCGCAGAGCUUCAACUCAUACCCCAAAAACCAAAGUCAGAAUUCCCACAGUUUCACCAUGCAGUCUCUCAAAGAGAACUACCCAUAUUCGGACUAUGAGCAGGAGUCGGAUUCUGAGACUGUCGCAACUUCGACUACAGUUCACACGGACGUGACCUCUCACAAUAUCCGCUACGCGCUGAACCCAACCCCUAAAUACGCUUACUCAGUGUCUCCCCGGCGCAAUGGGCUGGACGAUGGUAUCUUCGGAUUAAGCCUAGGAGACCAUCAAACCCCUCGUCGCGUUACCCGCAGCCAGACGCAACGUCUCGGAGGACAGAGACUUUCCUCUCGCGCUGGUUGGUGA